AUACGAGGCGCGCACUGACGACAUGGCUGAUGAACGUUGUCUGCAUCGUGUCUGUCAAUUUCCAUAUUCCUGCACAACUUGAGUUUUAGUAGAAGUCUAAGAUCUUAUCGGUUUGCUUUUGUUGCGGCUGGAAGCGGGCGGAUAGACGGUGGGUCAGCGACCAAGGUCCAUCGAGACAGUGUACCGCCUGCGGACAUCUAUCUUCAUUCGGUAUUCAAGAGUACCGUGUCAGCAACUCCAGCUUCACGUUUUACUUUUCGUGUUGUUGAUUCCUAGUCUCGUCUUUCCGUGUACCGAUGUUAUCCAUUGUACAGGUACCUUGUCCAGCUAGAACUCUAUGGCGUUUCACAAGCUCCUCUAGCACUCUUCGUCCCACCUGAUAUCCUAGCAUCAAGACAGAUACCGAGCAUUCCUGGAUGGUAUUCUCCUCCAGAAGCGAUCAGGCAUUCACGAUGCCCCAAUCGACCACUCCGCCCUCGCCCCCCCUCAAUCGACCACUUCCAUCCCACGCAGGCCCCUCCGCCCUCAAAGAUAUCAAUUAUGCCUCCCUCGCUGACCCGACCGACUCAGACACGGGAACAAACUCGGACGCCGAAUUUCCUCUCGAUGACCCCUCUCCUGAAGACGAUGCGCAGGAUGUCAUAGGGGUAAGCAUUGGGUACGCGCAGAAACGGUUGACGUCUGCCAACAUACCUGCGGAGGUGAAGGUGGCGGCCAUGCAGGAACAGGACGUGUUCUUUGGGGAGGAUGAUUGGGCGGCGCCAUUACCUGCAGCAAGGAGAGACGAGGGGAUAAAUACACUGUCGGAUGAGGUGUUGGUGGAAAAGGAAGAGGAGGACGUGGCGAAGCUUCGGUUGCCGUCGCCGUGGAAAUCUGAGGUAGAGAUGAUGUCGCGAAGGGAGGUGUUCCGAGAAGCAUUUGGGAUGGGGAGACCGAGGUCGUACUCUACGGAAGACCGACUGAAGAAAUAUAUCCCUUCAUUCAACAUGCCGAAUCUUUCGAAGACGCCGAAUUUCAUGAACAAUAUCGACCUCACACGGUUCUCGAUCGAUGUUGGGAAGAAGGGGAAGCACGCGAGGAACUUGUCAGACCCGCAGCGCAUACCACAGCUUUCAUCCGACACGCCGGGAAAAAUUGGUGCGCCCUCGGCGGCGGUCAGAUCGCCGGUUGAUGAGCUGAGGCAGCUAUCCAUUGGGUCGUCGUAUCGCACGGGAUCCCUCCCACUCCGACGGAUCAGAUCGGAAGAUUCCUUGUCGUUAUCGGUUAGGAGCCGGCCAGGAUUGUCAAGACUACCCUCCCUUGGGGACGACAGCAGGUUUGAGAAUGUGCAAGAGAUGGCCAAUUCUCGAUUCAAGGCGAUUGUGGACACCAUCCAGGACACGGAGUUCAAGUUCCCAAGUCUCAGCUCGAUACAGAACUUCAAUUUCAACGUGUCAUUCCUGGAUUCUAUCCACAAUCCCCUAAACCAAACGAAGGCAGCCAUUGUCGACAGUCCCAAUGCGGCUACCUUCGCCGCGCAAAGCUCGAAGACACCAGUUGCAAUCGGCCAAACUAACGGGACCAAAACCGCACCCCCGCCUAACGGCACGCAGAAGAAACCAGAUCCUCACCCCCAUCUGACAAAGGCUCUUGAAGGACUUACGGGGGACCUUGUGGUCCUCGGCGGCUACCGUGGUUCCGUCCUCAGAUCUGCCUCCGCUCCACAACGCCGUGUCUGGCUGCCACUCAAAGUCGGAUUCAACCUCCGCAAAGCCGAUCUCGAAGUCGGGUUGAAUGAUGAAGACGAAGAAGAGGGGAAUCGCAUCAAACCGGAUGGCAUGCUCACCCACAUCGGCCCUGUCGACAUCUCCCGCCGAUUGUUUAAACGACUACGCGAAUGCGAGAACGCGAAGAACGGGACGUUACGAAUUCACGAUUACGGAUACGACUGGCGACUGAGUCCGGAUCUCCUGAGCCGACAGCUCGUGCAAUUCCUCGAGAAACUGCCGUCGAAUCAACCGGACGUCCCUCCUGAACGUCGAGGUGCUCUCGUCAUCGCGCACUCGCUCGGCGGGCUCAUCACUCGCCACGCCGUCAACACCAACCCCUCCCUCUUCUCCGGCGUCGUGUACGCGGGCGUCCCACAAACAUGCGUGAACAUCCUCGGGCCCAUGCGAAACGGCGACGACGUCUUCCUCAGCUCCCGCGUGCUCACCGCGCAAGUGAACUUCACGAUGCGAUCGAGUUUCGCACUACUCCCAGAAGACGGACGCUGUUUCUUCAACAAGCACACCAAGGAAGAAUACCGCGUCAAUUUCUUCAGCGUGAACGAUUGGAUCCGCUACGCCUGGUCGCCCUGCAUGUCUCCACCGCUCCCCGCCCUCGGGAGCACGAAUUCCUCCUCCACAAGCCUGGGGAGCAUCAUCGGCUCGCGGAUGCCGAACCUCCCCAUGCUCGGUCGAAAGAGCUCCCUCUCCAAAAUCGAAUCAAGCUCCAACUCCUCCACGAGUGAACUAAAAGCCCUAUCUACCGCUGCCCCGGCCACCACCGCCGCAACUGCUGCCACCGCAAUCACACCCCAAAUGACAUCCUCCUCUCCCCCCACCGCGCCUCCUCACAACCCCUUCCCUGGGCCCCCAAACCCAACCCAAGACCCCAAAACCAUAGUCACCAUCCCACUCCACACCGCGAUUGCCUACCUCGAGCGCACUCUCGCGCGCACCCUCGCCUUCAAACGCUUCCUCUUCUUCAACCCCAUCUUCUCCGCCGCCACCAGCAAUCGCUACCCCCCGCACGCCGUCCUCUUCGGCAAAUCCGUCCCGACGGUCUUCGGCGCGAAGGUGGCGAGCCGGGAGGCGAUCGCGCGGACGAGCGCGUAUGAUGAGUUGGCGUUCGCGAGCGGCGACGGGGUGGUGUUGGCGAGGGCGGCGAUGGUGCCGGAGGGGUAUGCGGUGGAGAGGGGCGGGGUGGUGGAGACAGGGAGGGGGCAUGUGACGAUGUUGGGGGAUUUGGAGGGGGUGGGGAGGUGUCUUUUGGCGGUGAGGAGGGGGAGGGAGAGGGGGGUGGGGGUUGGAGGG